AUUAAACACCUUGUUUGAAAAACUCGACUUCAUCACCUUCCCAAUUUGCGUAGUAGACAGACAGAAAACGCAUCGCAGGUCUCUAGGCAAUUGGCAGUGUUUCUCUCCCUUCGUCACCGGACGUGACUCUUGAGGCGCAGGGGUCGAGCGAGCCAAUGACAUCGACGACUUCUAUUUGAUUUCGCCCUCUCGACUGCCACUUGCCCAUCCUUCAUUCUUAUUAUUUCUGGGUCGACUGCCGUUCUUUCAUCUGCGGCCAUAAGUUAAGCUUGUCCGACCGAUGCACGCUACGCUAUAGAAUAUCCUCUCUGCCCCUGAACCCAUUCGACCAUGUCCUCUCCAAGCGCAAAGAAACCUAUAUCCGGCCCUACCAAUGGCACACCGAGUAGCCGCAACCACGGUGACAAAAGCCCGAAUCGGCCUGCGAUUGGCAGCGCGGUUCCGGCAAGCACUGGGCAGGGUCUCGCCCGCACUCCGUCGCUGCGACAAACUCGGCUUGCCAGGAAGCCAACUUCACGCACGAGCAGCACGUUCGUCGCGCCAGACAGUGAACAAGAAGAUGAGGAGACCAAAUCAGCCAAUGCACAACUGAUAUCAGGCUUGAAGGAGCAGGUCGAUCGUGCCGAACAGGCGUCGGAACAAUACAGAAAGCAACUGGAAAUCAUGCAGCGACGGCUCGACGAAGCCGCGGCCGAGCAGACUACGGGAGAAGAACGAGACUAUAAGCGGCAAACGGAGAUCGACAGACUUCGCGCAGAGAUAAGAGAUUCGGCGCGUGAACGUCGCGAGCUCGAAUCAACACAUGAGCACGAACGCAAACUUUUUGAGCAAGAACGCGAGAGGCAGAGCAGCCGAGAGCUUGAGCUACAAGAUAAAGUUCACCGGCUGACCGAGACGCUGCGCACGAAAGGGUUAGAGAGGAGUAGUGUCGAUCGAGUUGCGUCGUUGCCUGAGAAUGAGAACGAGGUCGACGAUGAAAGUGGCGCGGCUGGGACAUCGUCAUCUUCAGCUAUGGUCCAGGCUUUGCGGCAAAAGGACGCUGCGAUCGAGAGCCUGCGACUGGAGCUGGCGGAAACGCAACUGAAAGUUGCGGAGCAGGAACAGUUGGGCGAUGGACAGGUGCAGGGGUUGGAAAAAGCCAUUAUGGAGAUCAAGAUGCAAAAUGCACGACUCAUCGAGGAGAAUGAAAGCUUUCAGGUGCUCUUGAGUGAGAAGACACUCAAAGGCGACUUCCUACGCGAUCACAGUGGUGAAAUGGCCGGCAUGAGCUCACUUGCAGACGAGCUGGCCGGCACCGGAGAAGAUACCGAGGGUCAGACUGACCCUGACCGGCGGCUUGAAGCUGAAGUACGAGCUUUGCGAGAAGAAAACAAGGCUUUGACUCUGUAUGUGGAUAAGAUUGUCGGUCGAAUCCUCCAACACGAAGGCUUUGAGCACAUCAUCACAGGGAGAGAGAAUCUCCCUGAGCCACCCAGCAAACAGACUCCAUCUGAGAAAGCUCUACCGGCUAUACCGGAUCACCAAGCCGCACCUGCAGCUGCCGCCACUACUGCCACAGGGGUUGCCAGCGGAUUCUUGCAACGAGCUCGAUCAGUAGUUUCACGACCAGGGGGAAGGGGCCGGCCCAUGUCAUAUGCCCAGCCUACAGCGUCAACUCCUAUGGUGCCAUCCGCAAACGAAAACCCAGAAACGGCGCCCAGCAUCCCCAUGGGGCGAUCACGACAUCGUCGAGCGCGAUCUGAUCAGGCACAAACAGAUCUGGGAGCGGCAGCGGUGGUGCAUCAAAUGAACCGAGGAUCGCCGAUGAGGACGGUGUCUGGAAACCCGUUGAGCCCUGGGAUUCGCCCAUUGAGCCCACAACAAUCGCAAAAUCGACAAUCAUACUUUGGAACUUCGAGUGCACGAGCGGUUUCAGGCUCUGGAGGCACCGGUGGUAGUUCAACCAACAGUGUCAACAGCGAACAUAGUGAAGAGCAGCGAUCUACGACCGAGGUCAGCUCCACGGGUCCCGGCAGUUCUCAGGGCCAGGGCCAGGGCCAGGGAAGCAUCCCUGGGGCAGUGAUUAAGCAGAACCAGCUCCGGCCAUUGAGAUUGGUCCAGGAGCAGACGGCCGAGGAAGAGGCCCAGAAACGGGCGAACCGGGGCAGUUGGAUGGGCUGGCUGCGUGGAGGUUCAAUUGAGGCGCAGAAUGACUAGUAUUCAUUUAUAGUCCGUCCUGGGGCAUGACUGACGAACAUGGAUAGACCACGACUGCGAGGUAGACCUGUCAGUUUCCUGUUGAAUAGAAGCGUCUGAGUCUUUUGGCGGACGCAUUACAACUCUCUGAA